GACGUGGUGGUGCUUCUGGUAACAAAUUUCGAAUGACCUUGGGUCUUCCAGUUGGUGCAGUCAUGAAUUGUGCCGACAAUUCUGGAGCGAAGAAUUUGUACAUCAUCUCUGUUAAGGGUAUCCAUGGCCGACUGAAUCGAUUGCCAGCAGCUGGAGUUGGUGAUAUGGUUAUGGCCACAGUUAAAAAAGGCAAACCUGAUUUAAGAAAAAAAGUCAUGCCCGCUGUUGUAAUCCGACAAAGAAAACCUUGGCGUAGGAGAGAUGGCGUUUUUCUUUACUUUGAAGAUAACGCCGGUGUUAUCGUAAAUCCCAAAGGUGAAAUGAAAGGUUCCGCCAUCACCGGCCCCGUAGGGAAGGAAUGUGCCGAUCUUUGGCCUCGUAUUGCUUCUUCUUCUGGAACUGUGGUAUAA